AUGAAAAGCAAAGGGUGGUCGUCUACGGAUGAGCCGGAUGCCCUAAUUGACGAAUCGAGUUACCGUGAAUAUGUAUUACAACUGGCAGAGGACCGGCUAGAAGAAAAGGAAGAAGAAGAGCUGGAGAGGCUUCGUCAGAAUGCACUUGAUCUCGGCUUGCCGAUUAAGGAUAAUCGUGAGAGCUACGAAGCUGUUUCCGAAGGGUUUACUGCAUCGACGUCUACUUCCACGACAGCCAUGUCGGCCAGCCAGGUCACUAUCCCGUCGUCGAUGUCGUCCACAAGUGCCCGAGUGUCAAGCUGUGCGCCAUCUGUAUCCUCUUUGGCAACCUGCCCGGCUAUCUAUAACGGCCCAGAUGCACGCUAUAAGUUCUCGAUAUUCAAUUAUCCGCCGUCUAGGCACUCGUUUGAUGCCUCAUACUACCAGGAUCACCGGUUUUCGCCAGGUUUUAGGCAAUCGAUAUUCUCCAAGUUUUCCUAUUUCAAAAAACGGUCAUCCAUGUCUAGUGCUCUGCCGUCUAAAUCUCAAUCAACGAUCAACACAUCACAGACCUUUCCAAAUGAAUACCUUCCCGAGGCUAGGGAAGAAAUAACACCGUCGCCUGAAGUUCCGAUAACACCUCGCCAAGAGAACGCCGCCAAAGCAGCACGCCUUGAAGAAAGAGACCUCGUCGCGGAAAUAUCUCUAGUCGCCGAACUCCAACGCGAGAAGCAAGCGCUGCAAACUAGCAUACGUCACAUGGAGGCAUAUUUCAAUACACCACCGCCCAGCUUGUCAUCCAGCAAGAAUGACUUUUAUAAAAACCUUCAACCACGCGAACUCACCGACCAGAAACGAAAUCGUCUAUAUCAAAGCUAUCACGAGCUCAACACACUAGAUGCAUUACACGAAUCUAAAAUCAAAGUCCUACGAGAUAAACAAACGAGGAACUUCCAAGAAAGACUCAGGAACAUGGAACUUGAUGCCGUCACGUUUGCUAAAAUGAACGAAUCAGCUUUACAUGCUCUUGAAAAGCGUCGCCGAGAUGAAAUCUCGGAUGCUAUUGCUUGGCUAGACUGUAGGAAACGGAGGCUUAUCUAUAAGUGGUCCUUGGAGGAGGGUAUUGCCAGGAAACAACUUGAGAUCGAAACAAAGCAGACCUAUGGCCCGUUGCCUGCUAUAUCAUUCGAUGAAAGUGACUACGAUAACUAUACGACUGAUCUACUGGAGAGAAAUUGA